AUGGAGGAUUUUAAUGCAUUCAUUUCUGACAUGUCUCUUUUUGAUUGCAAACCUAAUAAUGGUCUUUUUACAUGGACUAAUAUGAGGAAACAUUUCUCUCAGAUUGUGGAAUGUUUGGACAGAUUUUUACUCUCUUCUAAUGGCUUUGAUUCUGACAUUGAGUUUUUUUCUUCCAUCCUUCCCCUGUCUGGGUCGAAUCAUUUCUUGGUUUCGCUAACUGUCGUCAGGGAUAGAUCUUCCUUCAAAAUUCCAUUUAAGUUUGAGCCAAUGUGGUUCAGGGAUACCUCUUUUCUUCCCCUCCUACAUCAUUGGUGGGAAGAGGCUCCAUUUUUAAGAGGGUUUGGAAUGUUUCAAUUGGUCAAGAAGAUCCGUUUUCUUAAAAAAAAUAUUGGGAAUUGGAACUCUCUUCACUUCAAGAAUAUUUUUGAAGAAAAACAAAGGACUUUAGAUAUGUUAGAAGUCCUGAAUAGGAACGUAUUGCAGCAUGGGUUGGGUGGUAAGGUUUUAGAUGAAAUUAGGUCCCUUAGGAGUGAACUCGAUGAAAUUUUGGCUAGAGAGGAGGUCUAUUGGAGACAAAAAUCUAGGGAGUUAUGGCUAGCUGAUGGGGAUAAGAAUACAAAUUUUUUUCAUGCAAGCACUAAAAUGAAAAGAGUCAGGAGUAGGAUUUCUUGCAUCCAGGAUAGUCAGGGGAAUAUUCUCUUAGAUGAUGAGGAUGUUUCUAGGGAAGCAGUUAAGUUUUUUAAGAAUCUUCUUUCAUCUAAAAAUAUUGAUGUUUCUAACAAUAUUCCAUCAUUCAUUCCCUCUCUUGUCUCUCCUGAGGAUAAUAAAAUGUUAAUGUCUCUUUUUUCAUUAGAUGAGGUUAAGAGGGUGGUUUUUGCUAUGAAUCCAGAUAAGGCCCCUGGGCCUGAUGGUUUUACUCCUUUGUUUUUCCAGAAAUGCUAG